AUGUUCACCUUUGUUUUUCUAUAUUUGCUCCUGAACAUUCCACUUCUGGUGGCCAGUUUCCUUCAUCCUAGGUGCUCUUGGAAAAUGAAGCAGGAUGAAUACAAGGGUGGGGACUUAGUGACAGAUUGUGUCUUCGCCCUUGGUGCAGUGCAGUGGCCAGUGAACACAGAGUAUUUCAACCAUGUGUUGAAUAUGCAAACACCAACUGAAAACAAUCAACUUGCACUGGCCUUAGCUUUUUCUGUGGAUGAAGUCAACAAGAACCCUGAUAUUUUACCAAAUAUAUCGUUAGCAUUUAAGUUCCCAGAAGGAGGUUGUAAGAAUGUGUCAAAGUUGUACAGUCUCACUCACUUAUCGGAAGAAGACCAUGAUAACGUCCCUAAUUAUAUCUGUGAUGAGACGACCAUGUGUAUAUUGGUGCUUACAGGACAAAACUGGGCAAUAUCUAUGAUGGCUGGAACUUUCCUGGAACUCUACAAAUCUCAGCAGGUACUUCAGCUUACAUAUGGACCUUUCCAUCCCAUUCUGAAUGAUCAUCAACAAUUUCCCUAUCUGUACCAGAUGGCACCCAGGGACAUGUAUCUAGCCCUGUCCAUGGUCUCUUUGAUACUUCACUUCAACUGGAACUGGGUUGGGCUGGCCAUCUCAGAUGAUGAUCGUGGUACACAAUUUCUCUCAAAUUUGAGAAGAGAGAUGGAAAAACAUAUAGUGUGCCUUGCCUUUGUGAACAUCAUUCCACUCAGCACACAUUUAUACAUGUCAAGAGCUGAAGUGUAUUACAACAAAAUCAUGACAUCAUCCACAAAUGUUGUUAUCAUUUAUGGUGAUACAGACAGUAGUCUACUUGUGAGCUUUAGAAUGUGGAAAUCUCUAGGUAUACAGAGAAUAUGGGUCACCACCUCACAAUGGGAUGUGUCUACAAGAAAGGGAGACUUCACACUUGACUUAUUCCAUGGAAUUCUAGCCUUUGCACAACAUCAUGCUGAUAUUUCUGGGUUUAAAAAUUUUGUUCAGACAUUGAACCCUCUCAAAUACACAGAUAAAUACCUUGCAAGUCUGGAGUGGAUGAACUUUAACUGUGAAGUCUCAGCUUCUAAGUGUAAGACACUGAAGACCUGCUCAUCCAAUACCUCAUUAGAAUGGCUAUUGGAAGGGACUUUUGACAUGGCCUUUAGUGAUGGCAGUUAUGACAUAUAUAAUGCUGUGUAUGCUGUGGCCCAUGCUGCCCAUGAGAUGCUUCUCCAGCAAGUAUAUAAUCUAACAAUGGACAAUAGGAAAAGACCCAAUUCUAAUUGCUUGAAACUGCACUCCUUUAUGAGGAAGACACAAUUCACUAAUCCUGUUGGGGACAGAGUGAAUAUGAACCAGAAGGACAAACUUCAGGAAGAGUAUGACAUUUUCCAGAUUUGGGAUUUCCCACAGGGUCUUGGAUUUAAGGUGAAGAUAGGAAAGUUCAGUCCGUAUUUUCCACAUGGUCAACAGCUCCACUUAUAUGAAGACAUGAUAGAGUGGACCACAGGAAAUGGACAGAUGCCGUCCUCUGUGUGCAGUGCUGAUUGUGGUUCUGGAUCCAGAAAAUUCCGGCAGGAGGGAAUGGCAGCCUGCUGUUUUGAUUGCAGUCCCUGCCCAGAAAAUGAAAUUUCUAAUGAGACAAAUGUCGAUCAGUGUGUGAAGUGCCCAGAGGACCAGUUUGCCAACAGAGAGCAGAACCAGUGCAUUUACAAAGAGGUGACAUUUCUCAGCUAUGAAGACCCUUUGGGGAUGGCUCUUGCCUUAAUGUCCUUGUUAUUCUCUGCAUUCACAGCUCUGGUUCUUGGAGUCUUUGUCAAGCACCAUGACACUCCCAUUGUGAAGGCCAAUAACCGGAAGCUCAGUUACAUCCUGCUCAUCUCACUCUUCUUUUGUUCCCUCUGCCCCUUGCUCUUCAUUGGCCGUCCAAACUCAGCUACAUGCAUCUUGCAGCAAAUCACAUUUGGAGUUGUGUUCACUGUGGCUGUUUCCACUGUGUUGGCCAAAACAGUUACUGUGCUUCUGGCCUUCAAAGUCACAGCCCCUGGAAGAAGAAUGAGAUACUUCCUAAUUUCAGGGGCAUCUAACUACAUCAUUGCCAUCUGUACUCUCAUCCAAGUUAUCAUCUGUUCAGUCUGGCUGGGAGCUUCUCCUCCCUCUAUUAACAUUGAUGCACACUCUGAGCAUGGCCACAUCAUCAUUGUGUGCAGCAAAGGUUCAGUCACUGCCUUCUACUUUGUCCUGGGAUACCUGGCCUGCUUGGCUCAGGGGAGCUUCAUUUUGGCUUUCUUGUCCAGGAAUCUGCCUAACACAUUCAAUGAAUCCAAGUACUUGACGUUCAGCAUGCUGUUGUUCUGCUGUGUCUGGGUCACUUUCCUCCCUGUGUACCAUAGUACCCAGGGUAAGGUCAUGGUAGCUGUGGAAAUUUUCUCCAUCUUGGCCUCCGGUGCUGGGAUGCUGGGAUGCAUCUUUGUUCCCAAGUGCUACAUAAUUUUUUGCUCUCCGGAGUGA